UGGGAGUGGCUGAUGAAGGGCUCUCUUUCCUCUUAGAAACUUUCCAGCAGGCUUAUCAUUCCCAGAAAAUAAAAGUUGUAUCAUGGCUUGAACCGUUUCCAUCAUACAUGCACAGAAGGCAGCAACUCCCUUGCUCUUGAGACAGCCCUGAGGGGGUUGAUUAGAGAGCUGUGUCUCUUCUAGCCAGGUUAUCCCACUGGCACAUUCACUUGUUCCUUCUACGUAGUUUGGCUUCUUCACUCAGGAAUGCAUUGAACUAUUGGCUAUGGAUGGAAGGAAAAUGUGUAUUUACAUGUGUUUGUUAGUGUGACAUCUCUAUCACCAUGUGUACCCGUUUCUGGCAGACUAUCCUGUCUGGCAUUUCCAGGUAAUUUGGUUAUUUAUAAAGCAGUCAUACUGUCCCUCUGUUCUUCUUGUGCCUUCUGUUUAAGGCAGAAGCUUAGAAAGAAAAAAAAUAACAGCCUCUGUAAAACAAAAAGGGUAGCCGUGUUUUUUCAUGUCCCAGUUUACCAUUACUAUCCCCAAUGGCCUCACCAGCCUUAUUCCUUAAGCCUCCUGAGAGGAUGUUCUACCCCUCAACUCUAAUUUCUGCCCUUGUGCUCAACAGUGGGUUAUCUCCAGCUCUCGCUGAGCGUGUGCACUGACAGCUGGGGUCAUGGAAAGCCUGAGGGAGGGGGGCUCCUGGAAAUGACAGCUCAUCUCAGCUUCUCUGGCUUUGAGGACAGAAGCCUGAGUCUCCUUGGUUGUUUAAAAACCUUCAAGAUCCUAAGGGUGUAGACCAGGUCUCCUCCUUUCUCACUUGCUCAUCCUGCCUUUCGGACCCUGAAUGUGAUUUUUCUUUUGCCACAGCAGAGCUGAAGUGAAAUGAACAGUGUCACUGUAAAAUCAUCCCAUUUUCCCAUCCUCUUUUGUACGUGCAUUUUGACAGAGCUUUUCCCCAGGAUGGUGACCAUCUUCCCAGUCUGUGAGAAAUGUGCUUUUUCCUGCUACCCCGUGUCUGAAGCCAGGGUGUGGAGGGAGAAAUGAGGAAUGGCAGGUGUGUGGAACAGAGAUGAGGUGUUCUGUCAGUUCUGUGGAGAGUGCCUCAUUCCACCCCUGCCCAUAGCACAGAAGCUGUUGGCUGCCAGGCCCCCUUGGCAGGGAUGUGCCCCGUAGUAACAGCACUGCUGAUGGGCUUCUCUCUUCAGUGCUCCUUUCUGUCCUGCCUGCCAGACUCCUCUGGUUGUGACCUCAACACCCUGGGAUCCUGGGGAAUGGAUUCAGGGAGUCCUACUAAGUCCUGUGUCCUGGCUGCUGGCAGUAAUAAAACUUGGCAAGAUGAGCAGGAGGGUGAUGACUGUUUUCCACUUCUGGAAUUUCAUGGCUGAGUAAGAGGUAUGUUUUGGGGUCUGGGCAUUUGGGUGUGACCAGCUUGGUCCUUUUUUCUAGCCUGUGUUUCUUGUCAGGCCGUUAUGAUCCCAGUCCAAGCUGGAAAACUGCUAUGCAGCUCUGUAGGGCUGGAGUGCAAUAAGCUCAAUGUGGGACUGAAAGUGUAUCCAGCUCCUUAGAAGGAUGCAAACAUGAAUUGAUGCCAUGAUAUGCUAGCUGGACUUUUAUAUAUAUGUGUGUGUGUGUGUGUAUUUCACACAUGCUUCCUUUUGAUGCCAGUAGUGGUGGACAUUAUUGGAGGCAGGAUACUGGUUUAGUGGGAUAAGGAAGGACAUCAGGAAUUCUGUUCUGCAACAGUUGAGGGAGGGUCCUUGGCAGCUGUUUAAAUUCCAUUACGUGCUGAUCUACAGGCACUGUCUGCAGGGUGCAGCCAAGCAAAUACACACUGUGCAACCCUUGAUUGAUGCUGCACUGCCUGCAUCCCUGUAGGUUGCCAUGGAGCCACCUCUCCUACCUGCUGAGCUUUCUGCUUUCUUAAAUCCAGCAGCGGACUAGAGCCAGCAAGAAGAGAGGGAGUGGAAGAAAGCCUUUGAAGAGGACUGAACAUUUGCACUGGUGCUGUCACCUGCUUUGGUGGUGAAAGGAACUUGGUGAUCCAGAAAGAUGCGUGAGUAUACAGAAAAGAAGGAAACAUGUGGGACCAUCUGUCUGAAGUACCUACUCUUCAUCUUCAACUUCUUUUUCUGGCUGGCUGGUGGGGCUGUGAUGGCAGUGGGCACCUGGACCCUGGCUGAGAAGAGUGACUACAUCAGCCUGCUCUCCUCCAGCACAUACUCUGCAACUGCUUAUAUCCUGGUGGUGGCUGGGGUGGUGGUCAUGGUCACUGGCAUCCUUGGGUGCUGUGCCACCUUCAAAGAGCGGCGGAAUUUGCUAAGAGUGUACUUCAUAUUGUUGCUAUGCAUCUUUCUCCUGGAGAUCAUUGCAGGAAUCCUGGCCUAUAUCUACUACCAGCAGCUGAGCCUGGAGCUGAAGCAAAAUUUGAAGAACACCAUGACCCAGAAGUACCGGAGGGAGGGAGAAGAGAGCGUUACCAGUGCAGUGGACAAGCUGCAGCAGGAGUUCAAGUGCUGUGGGAGCAACAACUACACGGACUGGGCUGACAGCCUGUGGAUCAGAUCUCCAGGGGCCAGUGGGAGGAAAGUCCCAGACAGCUGCUGUAAGACCAUCACUGACCUGUGUGGCAGAAGAGACCAUCCUUCCAACAUCUACAAGGAGAGUGGUUGCAUUACCAAGCUGGAAAACUUCAUUCAAGAGCAUCUGAAAAUUAUCGGGGCAGUGGGCAUCAGCAUUGCUUGUGUGCAGAUCUUUGGGAUGAUUUUCACCUGCUGCUUGUACAAGAGUUUAAAGUCAGAACCAUAUUAAUAGCUGUGAGAGCUCUGUUGCUCCCCCUCUGCCACUUCCCUUAGCACCUGCCAACCUGACCACUCUCCACCACCACCACCAAAAGUGUCUGUAACUUGAGGACUUGGCUCUGUAAUUGAAUGCCUUUAGAACCAUGCACUGCCUUACCUGCCCCUCUGGGGAAAGUCACCCUCCUUGUUGUGUACGAGGCAGCCAGGAGUUCAGCAGGUCCUCUUCAGUGUGAAGAAACAAAAGAGCUGUGGAUCUUCUGCUAGAAGCUUUAUCACAACAGUCCCUUGAUAUAACUACAAAGCAAGAUUUAUCCAAGGCCAUUUCCCUCGAGGCUUUCCCAAGCCAACAUGAAGCCAUCAGGAUGCUGUACAAGAGUCAUGGUUUGCUCUCUUGAGAAGUGGCUCAGCAGUACUGGGCAUUGACUGUGAGGACAGAUGAUGGUUCUGCACUGAGCUGGAGACAGAGCUGAGUUUCUCAUACAUGGAAGAUUCUCUCUCUCCCUCCUCCCAAGUGUGCACCAGUGUCCUAACAUAGCUGUUCUCCACCAGAGAGGAUGGGAUGCCUGCCUGGUUACUGGGGGCAGGAGCUGCUUGCCCAGCUGACUGGGAGCACAGCUCGGUGCAGCUGAAAUCUAGUUGUGACCCUCAUGUUGCCGAGAUGUUGUGGGUGCCUUAGGAUUUCUCAGCAAUUCUUCUUCCUUUCCCUUGAAGCUUCCUCCAACAGAGUGCCAUUAGGAGCCACAAGAGGCCUUUUGCUUCCCAGCAGUUCUGGAGCAAAGAUGAUGGACUGCCUUUUUUGGGUCUAGUUUGUUUUAUUGACUGGUUUCCAGCAUGAGUGAGCAGUCUUAUUUCCACCUUCCUAUCCCCUUCCCCAGGUGAAGAACUGGUCUUUUUGUGGGGCUGCCAUAUUUUGCUACCCUUUGGCCUGCUCAGUUAGUGGAAAUACCUUUUUCAUCUGUUACAUGUUGAGAGGUUCCCUUGGUUUGAUUUUUCUAACUAAAACCUCCAGGUUUGCCUCCCUUGGCAGGAAAUGAAUAUACACCAAUGUUUUUCAGCCUCCAAAGAGCUUGUUAAUCAGCUGAGGGUUUUCUGGCUUUGUCUGGAAGCUCAAUUUACUGAUUACUGCCAGGAAAGUCAGGAGAGUCAGUUUCAAUCAGUUGCCCCAGUGUACUUGGUAAACUGGUACUGCUGGGUUAGCUAUUUGCUGCUGAGGAAUAGGUUUUAAUUAAAUAUUAAAUUAAUUAAAAAUUCUGCAUUGGAAUCCUGGAUACCUACAGGACACAGACAUUGCCAUGGACUUGAUUGCAGCCUGAAUUGACAGGAUCUUGUGUUCCUCUUGUCUUGUUCCCUCCUUCCUAGUAUGCCUGAUACACUCAUGAAGCAGCAUAAAGGGCAGUUUGAUGUUUCUGAGCAAUGAAGACAAGCUCAGACCUUCAUAAAUAAAUUUCUUCCCUCUUCUGGCCUUCUAGCAGUGCUGGCUGAGCCCUGUCCCCAGCAGCAGACAGCCAACAGAAGCAGAAUCAUCCAGACCAAUAAAGGAUCUUGCAGUAUCGUGGGGGUUUUGGUUCACAGAGCAGAAAUCGUGGGCUGCAGCUAAAGGACAACACGUUAAAAUUCAGAGCAGGUCAAUCUGAAACUCCUCCAUUAUCAGUCCUAUGAAAUAAUCCUCAGCUAAUGCAGAAAGAGAGGUGUAGGAACUGAGGUGUAUCCUUGGUUCCACAGCAGUAAGAAAGAGAGGAAAAAUAUCUAAAUUAUUCUGUAAUGAUCUAAAGGAGAAAUCUCUAAAUUAUUUGUUGUUUUAUAGUAAAGUUCCUUAACAAGUAUUGACUACUAACUAAGAGGAAAAUAUUGAACAUGUUGCUUGAAGCAAUAUUUCUGAUUUCUUAAGCAUAUCUUCAUAGCUGCCUUUGCCCAUUCCCUUCAAACAUACUGUAAGGGUUGGGAGAGGCCAGGAAGAAUGAGACAUGAACAGUAAGUUGGUUUGUAUCCACUGAGCUGUUUUAUACUUUUUCUCUAUGUAACAAUAUUCAUUGCUUUUGGGUUUUUUUAACCCAGUUUAAGUUGCUGGCCAAUAGAAAAAUAAAGCUUAAGACUCU